AUGCACCGUGCACCUUGCACCGUUGCUCACAAAGUGGCUAAAGUAAAUCGUCUUCGUUUCUUUGGUCAUAUGUUAAGCAGACCGGCAGAAGUUCAACGAGUUCUGAAGAGUUUGAUGGGUUCAAGCUGGAAGAAGCCACCUGGCCGAAAACGGAAGUUCUGGACUGACGUGGUGAAAGAGGACCUGAGGACACUCGGCGUGGAUAGACAGUUCAGGCGAGACGUAAGGUUUCGCAGAAUAUGGAAUAGCGACGAAUGGAUUGAUUUUAUGCAAGCUCUCACAGAAGAUCGAGAAGGUUGGGCAGAGCUGUGUUCGAGGACGGCACACCUCGGCGAAGUAAUCGCGUCAGACGAUGACAUCAGCCCGCCGAUUAAGUAA